ACCCCCAGUUAAAUCAGAUGAUCACAGGGUAGAAAGCCUGUGCCUCUUAGCAGCUGCAGUGUGUGAGAGUUGAUCCGAACCUCUGAUCGGAGAUCAGCCGCAUUGCCAAUUUACCAGAUCCUUUGGUUCACCUUCAGGAUUUAUUUGUAUUGCGCCAGAGAGUUUAAUUUUAAUCAUCCAGGCGCCUGAGGGAACUUUUUUCUUCUUGCUUCUGAUGAAGAGGGGAAUGGAUGGGCUGCUUGGAGAGGAUAUGAAGUUGCUGAAACUCUGUAUGGCUUUAAUUUGGUUUGGCUUGGUGCAUUCGUACAACAUUGACCUGGAUCAUCCAGUCGUGUUUCGGGGAACCAGUGGCACUUUCUUUGGAUAUUCCGUACUGGAACAUUUCCACGACAACACACGGUGGGUGCUGGUCGGGGCCCCCCAGGCUAAUUCUACUUACAGCUCGUCUGUGCUGUCCCCGGGAGCCUUGUAUAAAUGUCGAAUUCACAGUAAUCCUGCGAAGAGAUGUACAGAGCUGGAUCUGGGUCGAGGUAAUCAAAGAGGAAAGACUUGUGGUAAAACUUGCAAAGAGAACAGGGACAAUGAGUGGAUGGGAGUGAGUCUGUCCCGACAGGCCGGAGGCAAUGGCAGUAUUCUGGCAUGUGCACAUCGUUGGAAGAAUAUACACUAUGAGUCAGAACAUAUCCUACCCCAUGGAGCCUGCUACAUCAUUCCACCUAAUUUAUCCAGAAGAACUAAAGAACUCCUCCCCUGCUACCAAGAGUACAAGAAGAAGUAUGGUGAGGAACAUGGUUCCUGCCAGGCUGGAAUAGCAGGCCACUUCAUUGAGGAUCUGGUUGUAAUGGGGGCACCUGGGUCAUACUACUGGACUGGCACAGUCAAAGUUUACAGCCUGAAGGAUGGCAAGUAUUAUCACUUCGAGGAUUCAACUAUUGGGCCCAGCCAUUAUCGUUACCUUGGAUAUGCAGUUGCUACCGGCCAUUUCACACAGCCCGGUUCUUUGGAGAUUGUAGGAGGAGCCCCACAGGAUGAAGGCAUUGGAAAGGUUUAUAUAUUUAAGAUUGGCAAUGGCAAACUCACGGCGAUUUUCACAAUUCCAGGAAAAGAGCUGGGCUCCUACUUUGGCUCGUCACUGUGCACUGUUGAUUUGAACUCAGAUGGCUACUCGGAUCUUCUGGUUGGAGCCCCCAUGUUCACGGAGAUAAGAGACGAAGGUCAAGUAACUGUAUUCAUCAACAGGGGCAAUGCAGCACUGGAAGAACAGCAGCUUUUAAGGGGUGAUAGCAUGUAUAAUGCUCACUUUGGAGAUAGCAUUGGAUCUCUGGGUGACAUUGAUGAUGAUGGGUUUCCAGAUGUUGCGAUUGGAGCGCCCAAUGAAAAUGAUUAUCGAGGAGCGAUUUACAUUUACCAUGGAGAUGCCAAUGGAAUAGUCUCCAAAUAUUCAAUGAGGAUUUCAGGGCAGCUGAUCAAUCCAAUAUUGCGCAUGUUUGGCCAGUCUAUAUCAGGAGGAGUGGACAUGGAUGGAAAUGCUUAUCCAGAUGUGACCAUUGGUGCCUUCAUGUCAGACAGUGUGGUCCUACUGAGAGCUCGGCCGGUUAUAACCCUGGAGAUCUCCAUCCUCCUUCCCAGCUCCAUUAACAUCACAGCUCCACAGUGCCACGAUGGCAUACAGCCAGUCAACUGUCUAAACGUUACAACUUGUUUCCGCUUUCAUGGCAAGCAGGUCCCAGGUGAAAUAGAAUUGAUUUACAAUCUGACAGCAGAUGCAGUGAAGAAAGGGAAAGGUCUGCAGGCCAGAGUUUACAUUUAUGCCAAUGAACCAAUGAGCCAGGUCGUGGAGAAAAUUGAGCUGUCCUCCAGGAAAGAGAGUUGCAAGCACUACUUCGUCAUUGUCAAGCGUGAAGUGAAGGAUGUGAUAACACCAAUUGUCUUUGAAGUGACAUACAACUUGGGCAAGCACAAAAUUUCUGGAAAAUCUGAGAAGGAGCUUCCAGCUUUAAAACCAAUCCUGCGCUGGAGGAAGGGACAUAAGCUGGCUCAGCAGAACCAGACUGUUUUUGAAAGAAACUGCUUUUCAGAUGACUGUGCUGCUGAUUUGCAACUUCGUGGCAAGCUGCUGCUGUCCAGUAUUGAUGAGCAGAAGCCAUUCUUAGCAUUAGGGGCAGUGAAGAACAUCUCUGUGAAUGUGACGGUUCGAAAUGCAGGAGAUGAUGCAUACGACACCAAUGUUUACUUUAACUUCACUCAAGAGCUCUUCUUCAUCAAAAUGUGGCAGAAGGAAGAAAAGGGCACUUACUGUGAACUGAUGGAGUUGGACUUCCUGAAAUGCAGCGUGGGAUUUCCUUUCAUGAGGUCACAGUCCAAGUAUGAAUUCAGCGUGAUUUUUGACACAAGUCACCUGACUGGGGAGCAGGAAAGUUUGGAGUUCACAGUCACAACACAAAGUGGGAAUGUGGAGCGGAAUGAAUCUCUAUUUGACAACACACUCAUUCUCACCAUGCCUCUGAAACAUGAAGUGGACACGACUAUCACAGGGUCUAUUUCCCCAGCUUCCUUUAUUUAUGGUGAUUCAGUGGAUGCAUCAAAGUUUAUUCAACUGGAAGACAUGCCCUGCCUCUUUCAACCUUUCAACUUGACAUUUCAGGUUAUAAACAUGGGCCCAAGCAGUGUGCCGGAACUUGCUGUGCAAAUUAUGAUUCCUAGCAGACUUUAUACGAAUGGAGCAGACAUCUUUCUUAUCCAAGAGGCUGUGGUUGAACAUGAGGGAGGUAACUGCACCUAUCACAGGAAUCUCGAACCCUGCUUCAUACCUCAGGAUAAAGAGAACAUUUUCCACACAAUCUUUGCUUUCUUCACCAAGUCUGGUAGGAAAGUAUUGGAUUGUGACAGGCCUGGACGACCCUGUUCGAUCAUCGACUGUAAAUUAACCUCCAUAGCGAAGGAAGAAACCAGGAACAUCGAUGUACACUUGUUGCUCAAUACUGAGAUAUUGAAAAAGGACAGUGCCUCAGUUAUCCAAUUUGUUACCAGGGCAAAAGGAAUGGUAAUGUCAGACAUGAGGAUUGUGGAGGUGGCAGGCGGACUUCCUGAAGAUGCAACAAUGGUGUUUGAAGCCUUGCACAAUAUGGAGCCUCGUGGUUACGUUGUGGGAUGGAUCAUCGCCAUCAGCCUUUUUGUGGGAAUCCUUAUUUUCCUGUUACUUGCUGUCUUGCUUUGGAAGAUGGGCUUCUUUCGUCGGAGGUACAAGGAAAUCAUUGAAGCUGAGAAGAACAGGAAGGACAGUGAAGAAAGUUGGGACUGGAUGCAAAAAGACCAAUGAGCUGCCAGAUAAUUUAGUUAUGUGACAUGCAUCAGACAGCCGAUUGACCCUGCUCCAGAGUCUUCCAUAUGUGGAAGAGGGAAUCCUCCAGAUUUUUCGGAGAUCUGAUGAUUGUGUAUUCACGUAAUUCAACAGCUGGAAGUAUUCCUGAGGCCAGCACUGCAGACAGAAGAUCUGUUCUGUGGUGCUUAGACUUCCUUUAAAACACAUCAAUGAACUUCAGAAAGCAAAGUGCUGUGAAGAACACAGACUCAAGAUGGAGGAGAAUGGGAUUUACAACAAUACCCUCAGGGGAUUGAAUUCUCUGUGUGUUCAGUAAAGAGAAACAAAUAUUUUUUAUAAAGAGAACGUGUUUGUCCAAAAUGUUUAUUCCUCUAUAUUUUUAUCCAAAUGUAAAUUACUCUUAUCCAUUUCUAUAAUACACUCACUGCACUGAUGUCUUGCUCAAAACCUGAGUGAUGACAAGUUGAUGAAGAAGCUAUUUUAUCUGAAGGUCUUUGCAGUAAGGUCAAUCUUGAUGAUGAAAAUUCACGACCACAUGCAGAGUUAUCUAACCCUUUCAGUACUGUAUAUUCUUUGCACUUUGCAGCAAGCUACUUUCCAUAGUCUACUGUUUGAAACAAUGAUCAUGCAAUGUAUUCUAUACAAGCAAAACAUUCAAUCUGGUGGGGAGUGUGGGGAACAUAGUGCUCCUGGGUUAGGUCAGAGAAUGUGGGCCACAGUUUCUGUACCAGGUCACCAACUAGUGACCCCCUGAAGAAAGUUUACCAUUUGUGCACAUUGGAUGGGGUUAGGAUCAAGCCUAGUUGUAACUUUCUUCAGCAGUUGAAUAACCUACUGACGUUCACCUGUCAAGGCUCAGAUAAGAAUAAUUACCACUGUUCUGAGGUGCCAGAGGACAAGUGUCCAUGGAAAUAUAAAAUACUAUUUACACGUAAAAUGACGUUCUCGAAUUCUUUACAAAGCGAGGGAAGAAAGGAAGGAAAAAAGAAGGGAGGAGUUAGGGACUGAAGCUGAUAGCACAGGCGAAGAGGAGGACUUCUAAAGGGCUUCUGAAAACAGAGGGAGAAGGAAGAGAAAGCACGAUGGGUGAGUUUAGGAAGAAAAUGAGAAGGAUCUGCGUGUCUGCCACUGGCAGAGGUAAAAACCAUUGACAUGCUUUGAAACAAUGAAUAAAGUAUUUGUAGGUGAUUAGACAAUCAAGAGGGGCACUUUUAUUGCUGUGCAUAUUACCUGAAUACAGGAUUGUUAUUGUCCAUUAAUCCCUUCAUAAUAGAGCAGUUAAAAGUGAUCUUUAAUUUGAUUUAUCGAACCUUGACAUUUCUGGUGACCGAACAGUAUAAAAAGCUUCCUUGGGUCUGUGUGAUAUAGAAAACGUGACACCAGUGCGAGCAGUACUUAAACAUUGUGACUUAAGUGUGUGGAAGUUUCCUGUGUUGUCAUGUCACAAACAUAUUACAUAAGGUUUUAUUGUACUGUGAUUUCAGUGGGUUAUUCAUUACUUUUUUGCUACAUUGCAUUAUGCAGGACUGUAUUACCGAUGAGUGUAAUUUCAGUGAUGUUUCCAGAAUCUCACUUAUGGAGAGCUCAGGCUGCAAAUUGGUCAUAAAACAUUAAGAGACUUACCUACAACACACUCUCCUCUUGAAUGAGGCUGUGUGCUAGGAGCACAUCAUCACUGAAUUUACUGUAUAAAGUAGUGAGACCAAAAAUGUAUCUUAUUGAAAGCUGAAUACUUAGGGGAGUUCAUUUCCUUGGAUUAUUUAAAAUAAUUAAAUUGGUUAUGUUGUAAGUUUCAAAAGACUUACAUUGUGACAA